GGGCCGGGCUCGGCUCGUCGCCGCUGGCCGUGCGGGAGUCGCCGCCGCCGCCGCGGCCGCCGGGCGCCGCGCGUCAGACUGGGAGGAGGAGGAUCCGCGGCCGCCAGGAAUAGCUAUUCACAGUCAGACAGAACCACUUACGUUUUGCAGUAUCUUCCGAGGAAGUCAGAAUCUGAGCCAGCAUGAAGAUUGAAUCUUGUCUUUGGUCUGAUUUACCUUUAUUGUAACCAUGUGCAAGGUGGAGGUUAUAGCAUGGAAACUAAAAUCUUACUUCCUGCCUGACAUAACUCACUUCAAGAAGUACACAAUGUCAGAACAUGGGAUUAAAUGGGCCUGUGAAUAUUGUACGUAUGAAAAUUGGCCGUCUGCAAUCAAGUGUACUAUGUGUCGUGCCCAGAGACCCAGUGGAACAAUUAUUACAGAAGAUCCAUUUAAAAGUGGUUCAAGUGAUGUUGGUAGAGAUUGGGAUCCUUCCAGUACUGAAGGUGGAAGUAGUCCUUUGAUAUGUCCAGACUCUAGUGCAAGACCAAGGGUUAAGUCUUCAUACAGCAUGGAAAAUGCAAAUAAAUGGUCAUGCCACAUGUGUACAUAUUUGAACUGGCCAAGAGCAAUCAGAUGUACCCAGUGCUUAUCCCAACGUAGGACCAGGAGUCCCACAGAAUCUCCUCAAUCCUCAGGAUCUGGUUCAAGACCAGUUGCUUUUUCUGUUGAUCCUUGUGAAGAAUACAAUGAUAGAAAUAAACUGAAUACAAGGACCCAGCAUUGGACUUGUUCUGUUUGCACAUAUGAAAACUGGGCUAAGGCUAAAAAAUGUGUUGUUUGUGAUCAUCCCAGACCUAAUAACAUUGAAGCAAUAGAGUUGGCAGAGACUGAAGAGGCUUCUUCAAUAAUAAAUGAGCAAGACAGAGCUCGAUGGAGGGGAGGCUGCAGUAGUGGUAAUAGCCAAAGAAGAUCACCUCCAACUAUGAAACGGGACUCUGAAGUGAAAAUGGAUUUUCAGAGGAUUGAAUUGGCUGGUGCUGUUGGUACCAAGGAGGAACUUGAAGUGGACUUUAAAAAACUAAAGCAGAUUAAAAAUAGGAUGAAAAAGACUGAUUGGCUAUUCCUCAAUGCCUGUGUGGGGGUUGUGGAAGGUGAUUUAGCAGCCAUAGAAGCAUACAAGUCAUCAGGAGGAGACAUUGCACGCCAGCUUACUGCAGAUGAAGUACGCUUGCUGAACCGGCCUUCUGCUUUUGAUGUUGGCUACACUCUGGUACACCUGGCCAUACGCUUUCAGAGGCAGGACAUGCUAGCGAUAUUGCUUACAGAGGUGUCUCAACAAGCAGCAAAGUGUAUUCCAGCAAUGGUGUGUCCUGAACUGACAGAACAAAUCCGGAGAGAAAUAGCUGCUUCUCUUCACCAGAGAAAGGGGGAUUUUGCUUGCUAUUUUCUGACUGACCUUGUAACAUUUACAUUACCAGCAGAUAUUGAAGAUUUGCCUCCAACAGUUCAAGAAAAAUUAUUUGAUGAGGUGCUUGAUAGAGAUGUUCAAAAAGAGCUAGAGGAAGAAUCUCCAAUUAUAAACUGGUCUUUGGAGUUGGCUACACGUUUGGACAGUAGACUGUAUGCACUUUGGAACCGGACUGCCGGAGAUUGUUUACUUGACUCAGUACUACAAGCUACCUGGGGCAUUUAUGACAAAGACUCGGUGCUUCGGAAAGCCCUGCAUGACAGCCUGCAUGACUGUUCACAUUGGUUUUACACACGCUGGAAAGACUGGGAAUCAUGGUAUUCCCAGAGCUUUGGUUUACAUUUUUCACUGAGGGAAGAACAAUGGCAAGAAGACUGGGCAUUUAUACUCUCUCUAGCUAGUCAGCCUGGAGCAAGUUUGGAACAGACACACAUUUUUGUACUUGCACAUAUUCUUAGACGACCAAUUAUAGUUUAUGGAGUAAAAUAUUAUAAGAGUUUCCGGGGAGAAACUUUAGGAUAUACUCGGUUUCAAGGAGUUUAUCUGCCUUUGUUGUGGGAACAGAGUUUUUGUUGGAAAAGUCCAAUUGCUCUGGGAUAUACAAGGGGCCAUUUCUCUGCUUUGGUUGCCAUGGAGAAUGAUGGGUAUGGCAACCGAGGUGCUGGUGCUAAUCUGAACACUGAUGAUGAUGUCACCAUCACAUUUUUGCCUCUGGUUGACAGUGAAAGGAAGCUCCUCCAUGUGCAUUUCCUUUCUGCUCAGGAGCUAGGUAAUGAGGAGCAGCAAGAGAAACUGCUCAGAGAGUGGCUGGACUGCUGUGUGACUGAAGGGGGAGUUCUAGUGGCCAUGCAGAAAAGCUCUCGGCGGAGAAACCACCCCUUGGUCACACAAAUGGUAGAGAAAUGGCUUGACCGCUACAGACAGAUCCGGCCUUGUACAUCCCUGUCUGAUGGAGAGGAAGAUGAGGAUGAUGAGGAUGAAUGAAAACAAACACCUAGGAGAAAGAAAGACCAAGGCAUCAGGUCCGAGGUGGCCCCAAACUUAGUGUGGUAUCCUAAGCAGAAUAUGCAGCAUGGAGUGAGCCAUACCCUGCCGGAUCUGCUCCCAAGUUAUCUUCCUGUUCCACACUCACUGAGGAGAAUUGAGUGCAUCUGCAUGAGGAGAUGGAGAACUUUGGUUGAACUACAGUUUGUAAAAAAGGAAAAAAAAAAAAAAAAGAAAAAAGAAAAAAAUAACCUAAUUUUAUUGACAGAACUUUUAUUUCUUUCAAAUUGUAAAUCUGUCUAUGAAUGUAACGCAUGUGGUUGUUUAAGAAGUUGUGUACUAGGAAAAGUGCACCAGCAUCUUCUUGUUACUGAGACCAUUUCCCAGCAUGGGCACUCACAAAAAGCACACAGCAGACAAACCAUUGACAUACUCUCAUUAGCACCUGACAUCCUGCUCCCACCAUACAAGACCCAUUUCCCGUUGUUUCAGAGAUUCAGAAACUUUGUACAAACUAUCCACGGCAAGAUAAAAAUAAACAAGCCUUUAUUUUAUUAAUAAUUUAGUUCCUGUUGUGCCCAAUAAAAUUAAAAAAAAAAAAAUCAAACCCUUAGGAACAAACUACAAGAAAAACUAGCAAGUUUUUGGAGUGAACUUAACAUAAACAUUGUCUCUUGUUUUUGAAGAGGGUUUUAGUUUCUGUUGUUCUCAAGUUUUCUGAUUUGCCCCUUUCAUUAUUUAGAUAUUUAUUUGUUUGGAGGAGUGCCCUGUAAGGGGGUUCUUACUCAACUCUGGGCAGGUGCAUUUGUGCACUUAUACCUGGGAUGGAUGGAAAGGGAGCAGGCUCACUCGUCACUGGGUGGGUUACGGGACAGUCACUUGGACUCACCCUGUUCUGUUCCCAGGCGGCCAUGCAGACAGUCUUCAGAUUCUUCCUGUCUUUGUCACCUCUGCUCUAAGCAGAUCCUGUAUUAAGGGCAUGCCUUUGCUUAGGCUGAUUGGGAAUACAGUUCAGUACAGAAUAAAGAUUUUUUAAAUGCAGAAAGGUGGUCAAUGCAUUGUAUGAUCAGUCUCUGUGUAGUCUGAGAGUUUUUGCAUGUUGGUUAGUUGUAGUCAUUAUUUAAAGUUAAAACCAUACUUUUGAAAAAAAUUUUAUGGAGAGUAUUAAUUGACCACUUCGGGCAUAUUUGAGUACUGGGUACACAUUUCUGACCUCCUCAGGCAUACAACACGUGUCCUGAUAAGUACUUAGACUGAUGUGGCAAGCAGUUCCAAGUAGCAAAUACACACAUUUCCCCCUUUCCUCCCCUUUAAUGAAAAGGCUGUGAAACCUUUAAAAUCUUGUUUUUCUGAUGAGAUGGUAUUGAAGUGUACACAACUUUUAAGUUUGCUGGAAUACUAAAAAGAAAAAAAUACCUAUGAGCUGUUAUUGUCUUUAGUUCUCUUUCUUGUGAACACUUGGUAAAAAGGUGUUCCCAGGAUGAAAGAUCAUUUAUGCUGCAUGCUAGAAACAGAAAGUAAUUUUCACAGAGGUAACUCCAUAUAAAUGAAUUGUGGUAACAAUACUGGUAAAUGUUACUGUUCCAGUAGUUAAUGUUUUUCUACAAAUUGACGAUUUUCAUUUUGGUCAGUGAAUGAUAACCGAGUCAAUAGAAGGCUGUCAUUCUAAGUACUUAGCAGUCAUAGCAUCUAGAAUAGCUGAUCUCCAUGUGUAGAGUUGAUUUUUUUUCAGGAGGCAGAGAUCCAGUUAAGCAAAACCUUCCUCCCAAAUAAGCCACAAAGACCUGAGAGGGAAAAACUGGUCUCUGAGUGCAUCUGUGUUGUACCCAAACCUGGCGGUACAGUCAGGCUCAGGGCUGAGCCUUGUUCUGCAUAUUGUGUUUCUUGAGUUUCCCCCAGGUCCCUCUGUGUUUGUUUGUUUAUUUAUUUAUUUAGUUUAUUUAUUUAUUUAUGAUCAGUACCCAUUCUUCCCUGUGGUAAAAAAUUAAAGAUGGCUCUAUUUCUUGGACUCCUAAGACAGGAAUGGGACUUUCAUUCUCUAGCAGACUGCUGGCUGUGAAAAGGCCAACAACACCUUUGGGAAAUCAGUGCUAUGUUAAGCUCUUGAACCAAACCAACAGCCAUAAUUAUUGUCCCAAGAAAAUGUAAUGCUGUCCUUUGUCAAAGAUUAUACAUGGCUGAGUGGCAGGUGUAGGUAUCUUUAGAUAGACUGGACAGUAAUACUUUUAUAACUAUGUGGACUUUAUGGUUCUUUUUCUAGGGUGAAACCAGUACUUUGUUUUUAUCCUGAUGUUGUCAUUCUUUGGAGUCAGUUUAUAUAUAAUCCUUCUAAAGGACUGUUUGAGCAACCACGAUAUAAUUAAACAAAACCUAGGCACACCAUGGAUUCAGAUCUGACUUUGUCUCAUAGGUUUACUAUGCUAGACAUAGCAAAUGUUAAGUAAAAUACUGCUGUGUAGAUGGUCGGGGCCUCGUUUUCAGUCACUGACAAGAUCUGUGUUUGUGACGGUGGCAUUCUCCAUGUGAAUUUAUUUAUAGGGCAGUUAAGGUAGAGUACCCUCCUGAAAGAAGGCAGCCAGGCCAGGCAGGCUUCUACUGUAGUACUUCAUGUUCCCUUGAACCUUGGAAUUAAUUCUGAGAUUUAAAAGCAUUGAAAGCUACUUUAGAAGGUAAGUAGAAGUUUUCAGUCUGUGGUCACUUUAUAAAUAUUAGCUUAGGUUAUCCCCCUCCCCUCUCCCCCAACCAAAAAGAGUUCACAUCCUACAUUUGGGCAUAUUAAAAUCAAAAUUCUAAAAAUUAACCAGUUUCUGGAAUUGACUUCACUCCAAAGCACUGCCUCAUUUUCAGGAUAUCCUGUCUUAUUUGGACUUCUGUGAGAUCAGACACUGUCACCACAAGAGUUGGAAACUGACUGACAGUGUGAUGACAUCUCAAGAGCUAGCUUUUACAUAGGUGAGAUGUACUUAAAUGUCAGAACUUAAAAGAAAUUUUAAUUACUUUUUAUUGAAAACUGCACUGAAUGCUAAAAUGUCCACCUUUACAAUAAACAAAUACAGUAACGAUAACUCACACUAAAACAAAACAUACUUCUGAUAGCCAUUAUUUUUCUGUUUGGGACAGUUUAAAGUUUUUUUUUUUUUUUUUUUUUUUUUUUUUUUU